GCCCCGCCCCGCACGGCCAGGCGAAGCGGAGCCGGCCGUGCGGUGUGUGUGUAUGUGUUCUCGGGGCUCCGUCUCAGCCCCGGGAAGAUGGUGGCGGCGGCGGCGGCGACUGAGGCGAGGCUGACGAGGAGGACGGCGAAGACUGCAGCGCCCGCGCGGAGGAAGGGCGGGUGGUACCGGGACUGGGACGUGACCGGGGCUGGGAGGCCGGGGCUGGGGGCCGGGCUGCGUCUCUCGCGGCUGCUGUCGCCGUCGCUGCCACCGCGGCGGCUUCUGCUGCUGCUCCUGCUGCUGUUUCUCCUGCUGCCCUGGGAGGCCGAGGCCGCGGCGGCGGCGGCGGUGGUGUCGGGCUCAGCCGCAGCUGAAGCGAAGGAAUGUGACCGGCCCUGUGUCAACGGCGGUCGCUGCAAUCCUGGUACCGGCCUGUGCGUCUGCCCCACCGGCUGGGUGGGCGAGCAAUGCCAGCACUGCGGGGGCCGCUUCAGUACUGGGGAUUGGAGCCAAGGAAUUGUGCAUGCUAGACUAACUGGAUCUUCGGGGUUUGUAACAGAUGGACCCGGAAAUUAUAAAUAUAAAACAAAGUGCACGUGGCUCAUUGAAGGACAGCCAAAUAGAAUAAUGAGACUUCGUUUUAAUCAUUUUGCUACAGAAUGUAGUUGGGAUCAUUUGUAUGUUUAUGAUGGAGACUCAAUUUAUGCACCACUAAUUGCUGCCUUUAGUGACCUCAUUGUUCCUGAGAGAGAUAGCAACGAGACUGUCCCUGAGGUUGUUGUCACAUCAGGUUAUGCCCUGCUACAUUUUUUUAGUGAUGCUGCUUAUAAUUUGACUGGAUUUAAUAUCACUUACAAUUUUGACAUGUGUCCGAACAAUUGCUCAGGCCGAGGAGUCUGUAAGAUCAGUAACAGCAGCAACACUGUUGAGUGUGAGUGUUCUGAAAACUGGAAAGGUGAAUCAUGUGACGUUCCUUACUGUACAGACAACUGUGGCUUUCCUCAUCGAGGCAUCUGCAAUUCAAGUGAUAUCAGAGGAUGUUCCUGCUUCUCUGAGUGGCAGGGUCCUGGAUGUUCAGUUCCUGUGCCAGCUAACCAGUCAUUUUGGACGCGAGAGGAAUAUUCGAAUGUAAAACUCCCCAGAGCAUCCCAUAAAGCUGUGGUCAAUGGAAAUAUAAUGUGGAUUGUUGGAGGAUACAUGUUCAACCACUCAGAUUACAACAUGGUUCUAGCGUAUGACCUUGUUUCUAAGGAAUGGCUUCCACUGAACCGUUCUGUGAACAAUGUGGUUGUGAGAUACGGUCAUUCUUUAGCCUUGUAUAAGGAUAAAAUUUACAUGUAUGGAGGAAAAAUUGAUUCAACGGGGAAUGUGACAAAUGAGUUGAGAGUGUUUCACAUUCAUAAUGAGUCGUGGGCAUUGCUGACCCCAAAGGCAAAGGAGCAAUACGCAGUGGUUGGGCACUCUGCACACAUCGUCACACUGAAAACUGGCCGAGUGGUCAUGCUGGUCAUUUUUGGGCACUGCCCUCUCUAUGGCUAUAUAAGCAAUGUACAGGAAUAUGACUUGGAUAAGAACAUGUGGACUAUAUUACACACCCAGGGUGCCCUUGUACAAGGGGGCUAUGGCCACAGCAGUGUUUAUGAUCACAAAACCAAGGCCCUGUAUGUUCAUGGUGGCUACAAAGCUUUCAGUGCAAAUAAAUACCGGCUCACUGAUGACCUUUAUAGAUACGAAGUGGAUACCCAGAUGUGGACCAUUCUUAAGGACAGCCGAUUUUUCCGUUACUUGCACACAGCUGUGAUAGUGAGUGGAACCAUGCUGGUGUUUGGAGGAAAUACACACAACGACACAUCCAUGAGCCAUGGUGCCAAAUGUUUCUCUUCAGAUUUCAUGGCUUAUGACAUCGCUUGUGACCGUUGGUCAGUGCUUCCCAAACCUGAUCUCCACCAUGAUGUCAACAGAUUUGGCCACUCAGCAGUCUUACACAACAGCACCAUGUAUGUGUUUGGUGGUUUUAACAGUCUCCUCCUCAGUGACAUCUUGGUGUUCACCUCAGAACAGUGUGAAGCAUAUCAGAGUGAAGCUGCUUGCAUAGCAGCAGAACCUGGUAUCCGGUGUGUGUGGGAUACAGAAACAGCUCAGUGUGUCUCCUGGGAAUUGGCAACAGAAGAACAAGCCAUAAAGUUAAAAUCAGAAUGCUUUUCCAAAGGAACUGUUGACCAUGACAGAUGUGACCAGAACACAGACUGCUACAGCUGCACAGCCAACACCAAUGAUUGCCACUGGUGCAAUGACCAUUGUGUCUCUAGGAACCACAGCUGCACAGAAGGCCAGCUCUCUAUUUCCAAGUAUGAGAAUUGCCCUAAGGAUAACCCCAUGUACUACUGUAACAAGAAGACCAGUUGCAGGAGCUGUGCCUUGGACCAGAAUUGCCAGUGGGAGCCCCGGAAUCAGGAGUGCAUUGCCCUGCCCGAAAACAUUUGUGGCAUGGGCUGGCAUUUGGUUGGAAACUCGUGUUUGAAAAUUACUACUGCCAAGGAGAAUUAUGACAAUGCUAAAUUGUCCUGUAGAAAUCACAAUGCCUUUUUGGCUUCUCUCACAACCCAGAAGAAGGUGGAAUUUGUCCUUAAGCAGCUCCGAGUGAUGCAGUCAUCACAGAGCAUGUCUAAGCUCACCUUAACCCCAUGGGUUGGCCUUCGGAAGAUCAAUGUGUCCUACUGGUGCUGGGAAGAUAUGUCGCCGUUUACAAAUAGCCUGCUGCAGUGGAUGCCAUCUGAGCCCAGUGAUGCUGGUUUCUGUGGAAUCUUGUCAGAACCCAAUACUCGGGGAUUGAAGGCUGCAACCUGCAUCAACCCACUGAAUGGCAGCGUCUGUGAAAGGCCAGCAAACCACAGUGCCAAGCAGUGCCGGACACCGUGUGCCUUGCGGACAGUGUGCGGGGAGUGCACCAGCAGCAGCUCCGAGUGCAUGUGGUGCAGCAACAUGAAACAGUGCGUGGACUCCAAUGCCUACGUGGCCUCCUUCCCAUUUGGCCAAUGUAUGGAGUGGUACACGAUGAGCACCUGUCCCCCUGAAAAUUGUUCUGGCUAUUGUACGUGCAGUCAUUGCUUGGAGCAGCCAGGCUGUGGCUGGUGUACUGAUCCCAGCAAUACUGGGAAAGGGAAGUGCAUAGAGGGCUCCUAUAAAGGACCAGUGAAGAUGCCUUCUCAAGCCUCUACGGGAAUCGCCUACCCACAGCCCCUUCUGAACUCUAGCAUGUGUCUGGAGGAUGGCAGAUACAACUGGUCUUUCAUUCACUGUCCAGCUUGCCAGUGCAACGGCCACAGCAAGUGUAUCAACCAGAGUAUCUGUGAGAAGUGCGAGAACCUGACCACUGGCAAGCACUGUGAGACAUGCAUAUCUGGCUACUACGGAGACCCAACCAAUGGAGGCAAAUGUCAACCGUGCAAAUGCAAUGGGCAUGCAUCGCUGUGCAAUGCCAACACGGGCAAGUGCUUCUGUACCACCAAGGGCGUCAAGGGGGACGAGUGCCAGCUAUGUGAGGUAGAAAAUCGAUACCAGGGAAACCCUCUCAAAGGAACAUGUUAUUAUACUCUUCUUAUUGACUAUCAGUUCACUUUUAGCCUGUCCCAGGAAGAUGACCGGUAUUACACAGCCAUCAAUUUUGUGGCUACUCCUGAUGAACAAAACAGGGACUUGGACAUGUUCAUCAAUGCGUCUAAAAACUUCAACCUCAAUAUUACCUGGGCUGCCAGCUUCUCAGCUGGAACUCAAGCUGGAGAGGAAAUGCCUGUUGUUUCAAAAACCAACAUUAAGGAGUACAAAGAUAGCUUCUCCAAUGAGAAGUUUGAUUUUCGAAACCACCCAAAUAUCACUUUCUUUGUUUAUGUCAGUAAUUUUACCUGGCCUGUCAAAAUUCAGAUCGCCUUCUCCCAGCACAGCAACUUUAUGGACCUGGUGCAGUUCUUCGUGACUUUCUUCAGUUGUUUCCUCUCUUUGCUCCUGGUGGCUGCUGUGGUUUGGAAGAUCAAACAAAGUUGUUGGGCCUCCAGGCGUAGAGAGCAACUUCUUCGAGAGAUGCAGCAGAUGGCCAGUCGACCCUUUGCCUCCGUAAAUGUUGCCUUGGAAACCGAUGAAGAGCCUCCUGACCUGAUCGGGGGAAGUAUCAAGACCGUUCCCAAGCCCAUUGCCCUGGAGCCGUGUUUUGGCAACAAAGCUGCUGUCCUCUCUGUGUUUGUGAGGCUUCCGAGAGGCCUGGGCGGAAUCCCUCCUCCCGGACAGUCAGGUCUCGCUGUAGCCAGUGCCCUGGUGGACAUUUCUCAGCAGAUGCCAGUAGUGUACAAAGAGAAGUCAGGAGCAGUGAGAAACCGGAAGCAGCAGCCUCCUGCACAGCCUGGCACCUGCAUUUGACCCUGGGGCCAGGGACUCUCCCGCGCACACGGGCACGUGCCCAGCAGAGCCGCCAGCGGGGGACGGCACGGGCAGGGACGCAGCAGUGCCAUGCGGGCAGAAAACUGGAAACCCUCGAAGCACCCAACUCAUCUGCAUGAUCACAGACUUUCUUUGAUGGUUUCUCCCAUCCGUGUCCAGCAUCUAACCUUUUACUUUCGCAUAGGAAAUAAUUUCUCUUCAGGUCCAGGGAUGGUCCGCUUGUUGUGGAGGAGGCCAGCGUGGCGCUAGCAAAAGAGUGAGGAGCAACGCCCGGGUUCGCUUGUGGAAACUGUCCUCGGGACUAUCUCAACUGCAAACCAGAAAGAUGGGUCGCAAGUAGACCAUCUUCUGUUGUUCUUCAGUGUGGUCUUUUACAAGCUACUCAGAUGAAUUCACUUGUUUUCAUCUGAAGCCUGCGAUCUUUUUAAAAGAUGUGCUGUUUACGUUUGCACAAUUUCAGCAGAUUAUCUUUCUUCCAGGAAGUAGUUUUUUUCUAGUUGAGAAUUAAUAAUGGUCCAUCUCUCUUGAAUUGUGUCAAACUAGGAUAGAAGGGGGCUGUAUGAAAUGUCAAGGUCAGCAGUGUUAUGUAGAAUGUAAAUGGAUGUAAUAGGUGUUUUCUAUAGCAACUUAAAUUUAGUCUUAAUCCAUUUGAAAUUUUCUCUUCUGCUCUUCCUCUCUUCCUCUCUCUCUCUCCCUCUCUCUCUCAUUCAGACACACAAGCACGCACACACACAUACACACACACUAAGUGCCUAGACUUUAAAUAGAUCUAGCAAUUGGAAAGUUAGUGAGCCUAAGUUUUUACAUAAUUGCAUUCCUACAUUCUUGUAAAAUUUAGAUAGCUACCAUUGGCAGUCUGCUCUUUUUCUAAAAUCUAAUUUCCAGCCAGGAAAGAAUUUUCUCACCCCAAGGAACGUUUGACCUAGCGGCAGGGACUGAGGAAAGCAGAAAUGGACUAACUGUGAAUGUACCUGUUUUUAUUGUGCUCAAAAAGGACACUGUCAAGAAAUUGCGGUCCCCGUGUGCCACCUGCCCCCACCUGGUGUCAGUCUAGUCCUGAUGUUUGAUUAGCCCUCUGGGCUGCUCCCGCAGGGCACCGCAGAGGAAAGGACUCUUUCACAUCGUGUGACUCCUGUGGGCAGAAUCGAGCACUGAGUGUGCUUGGGACAUCUGAGCCAAAGAGCGGCUCUGUGUUCUAUAGCCUGCUCUGAACCUGGAGCCGUCCUCAGCUGGGCGUGGAGUAGACGCCAAGAGGGAGACAGCACCCUGCUGUCGGGCAGCACCUGCCCAGAGCCUGGAGAAGGACCUGGACCUGUCUGCCCCUUCUCCCCAGGCAGGGCUCUGCCCACCUGACCUCCCAAACUGCGCUUGUGACUGAGGAGGGCAGGGAACACAGGUAGGGGUGAAAAGUACGUGAGAAAAUGGGCAGGAGGGAACACGCUGCCAAACGGAAGAUGACCAAAUCUAAGAGGGCUAGGACAGUGCCCUGCUCUCCUCCCACAGGGCGCUGUCUGGGUGUCGCAUUUCCCCAUUUAUGGUGCUCUGUACCCGGCAUUAUGCAGCAGCCUCCCAUGAUCUCUUGCGCUUCAAAACCUGCAAUUCUCUGGCAUCGCCUGAUUGGGAUGGACCCCUGGACAGCAGUGUUCAAGUCUGAAUUUGGAGAAAUUAACGCUCAAAAGAGCAGAAACCACGGCAUUUCACCUUUAAAUGCAGUGCCUAGAGAGGAGGUAUUAUCUCCAACCCAACACUAAGCCCACUCCUGUGAAGAUGCUUCUGGAAAGAUGUUUCCAAGGAAGUCGAACCAUAAAACACUGAUGCGUAAAAAACCUCUGCUGUGAGACUUGCCUCUCAAAAACUUGGUUUUCACAUCACUCUUAAAGAGCAGACAAUUCUAGAAAAGACCCUGUCAGGAGCUCCCCACACCCCUACAGAACAUGGCACCCACAGUACCUGGCCCUUCACCCUGUGAUCACCGGGAAGCCUCUAGGUGAAGAAAGGGAUGCCACAGGACUUGUCCUCCUACAAGGAAGAUCCUCCUUGUUCAAAGGACCAAAUUUCCUUGGCCAAAGAAGUCUCUUCCCCGUGUUUGUCCCAUGCCUUGAAAUAACAGCACCGUGACCCCCAGCCAGCUCAUGUUUUUUUCUUUUUUCUAAUAGAUGUUUAUUUUAAAAGGAAGGAAAAAGCAAGUGAAGUUUCACUUCCUCCAGCUGUGGAGAAACAGCUGAAUCCACCUGCUUCUCCUUUGCAGCCAACAGCAAACAGCUUCCUCCAGGCAGAGGCCAGAAGAAGGGCAUGGAGGGAGGAAGACAAGCACGGCUAGAGCCAGUUACCAAGAGGGAGUGCGUCGACGCUGGUGACUUUGCAUGUCACAGGAGAGCCUGUAUAUAAAAUACUCACGGAAACAUUGACCUUGCACUUGUAUAUAACUAUACAGUAGUGUCCAGAAUGUUCAGGUAUUUGGCGUGUACAUAAAUCAGAAAAAUAGCAUAAUGUAUUUUUAUUAAACGUAACGACAUCUGAGUUUCACCUAAUGUUUCUGUGCCAUAUACUGGGUAUCCACGUCUUGGGACAUCCUGUCUCAGCUCACAACGAAACCAAGAACCGGGCCACUGACAUGGUCGGCUGUACCUGGUGCCUGCUAGAUAGCUCCAAACAGGACUUGUCUGUCAGGAGCUACAAUGACUUGGGCAGUGAGGCUGUAUUCCAGGUAGUGCUUGAGGCAGCUCUGGAAGCAGGAGUCUCUGUCGCUGCUGGCACUCAGCAUGCUCCUUGGCAACCUGGUGACCCUCAGGACUCUUGGGCGCAAGGGUUGACUAGUCCCAUCGAUGUGAAAGCUGUUUCUCUGGUCUUUAAAUUCAAAGGCUAUAACUUGUGGAAGUCAGACUCCCAAAACGGAUUCUCUAGGCUGCAUUUUGUUGUGGCUUUCACUAAAUUUGUAAUGACCAUUUCUGAGCACCAUUGUCUUUUAUACUGAAAACUGGGGCCGGAAGGUGGAGGCUUGUUCAUGAACAGCUCCAUUUCCCAGGGAGUUCUCACAGCGCAGCAUCCUGCACCUCCUGCCCCUCCCUGUGGCCUGGGGAGGUCUGGCGAGGGUCACCUGGAAAGGUGAGAAAGGGGUGCAGAGAGAGCAGGCCACCCCUACUCCUCGAGCACUGACCUGGAGGAAGACAGUCAGUAACAGGACAAUGCUGGAAUGCUUCAGGUGCAAGACUGAAGAUGCGCCAGGAGGCAAAGAAGACAGUGCUGUGGGUAGGAAAAGAUUGUGGCUCCAUCUUGCUCCUUCAGCAGAGGAGAGCAGGUGGGGAUGGGGAGGUGAUUCACUUCCUCAGGAAGAUAGAUGGUGUUACUUUCACGAAUACCCCUCAGUCACCCAUUCCAUGAAUUCAUCCGUUCGUUCGUUCGAUAAAUAUUUACUGAACACUUACUAACCUAAGCUAAUUCUAGGGCAAUCAUGGAGAUGGAAAAAGUAGCUCUUUAGAAUUACAGGAAAUUCUAAAUGCCUCACAGCCCUGUUAUUCCAGGAGAGCUUUCCUUGGGUUGGUUUCUGAGACCUGGCCAGCCUGAGGGCAGAACCAGGAAAGCCUCCUGGCCAUGGAGUGUGCCCUGGCUGCCCUAGGCCCGCAGACAUCCACAGCCAGGGCCCUGGCUUUACCCUGUAGAACAGUCUCCUACCGUGCAGCUUUGCCGGUGGAGAUCUCGCCCCGGUGGAGCCCAGCCGCGGGAGCUCGCCAUCCACUUGCAGGGUGCGCUCUGGAGUGCAGAGGGAAACUGGCAGCUUCUCUUCCAAAGGCAAUAAUGGAAUCGGCUCAGUGAAUGAAUCUGUGCACAAAACAUUCUGAACACUAGUGAAGCCUGUUUCGUUGAACUAAUUCUGGCUCUGGAAACGUUUUUGUUUUAUAGUUAUUUACAUUGUUCAUUUUGUUUGUUUUUGUUUGGGUUUAAGCUUAGUUUGUUAAUAUGUAUAAUUUAGCAUCUAUUGCACUCAUGUAAAUAUGGAGUAAGUAUUGUAAACUAUUUCAUUGCUGGGAUUGUGGGUGUUAUACAUACAUUUAGGACUGCAAUUUUUUGGUAUUUUUUGUAUUGUAAAAUAACAGCUAAUUUAAGCAGGAACAAGAGAAUUAAGGGAGGUCUGUGCAUUUUAAACACAAAUGUGAAGCACCUGUAUAUAAACAGAAGUAAAUACUAUAAUACAAACUUCCUUCUGAAAUAAAAGUAGAUCUGAUAAAAA